AAACACAUUCACAGUAGUUGUUGUCAGUAGCUGCAUCCAUGUACAACGUUCAGAUUGAGGCGCUGCAGGGAUUAUUCUCUCUCAGGUGGUUCAGCGUGAUUUUGACUUGCGUCUCUUUCGUCUGCAUGUAUAAUUCAAGCAGAGAUAUGAUGUAUCUGUAUGCGUGGAUCUGCCUACAGCGUAUCGUCAUCAUUGAACGUACAGGGAGGUUGAAUUUGGAUUUCAUUGUGUCGACAUAUGGAACAAGUACAUUUAAGGCCUAAUAUUUUGACACAUCCUAUCUACAGAAGGGUGAUGAUAAGGUGUAAUUAGAAUGGAAUAGAAAAAAGGUGUGGAGUCGGCAGGGCCACUAAAAGUAUUUGUAUACAUGACUAGUGUGGAUGGAAAGAUCUGCAUAAGCUAUUCACUUUGGGCUAGUUUUUUGGACUUUUAUUUCCAUUUUUAGUCAUUUAGCAGACAUUCUUAUCUAGACCAUUUAGGGUUAAAUGUUUUCCUCAAUGUCACCUGGAUAGACCUUUUUUCUAGUCGGCUUGGGGAUUCGAACUAGCGACCUGUCGGUUACUGGCCCAACCGCGCUUUUAAUCGCUAGGCUACCUGCCACCCAACAAACAACAGCAUUCCAAAUGUCAAGCCCUAGAUAGAGUAGUUCACUUCACCCAUCAAGCUGACAAGGUAGUGUACCAUAGUCACAGGCUGUUCCCAGUGGUCAGCUCGUUCCUGUUCCCUUCCUCACCUUGCAUCUCAUUCAGACAGACAACGCUGUGAUGCUGAUGAGUGGUCUGAACACUGUGUGUCAGUGCUGUUGCUGCGCUGCUGCUUCCCCUGAGAGCAGAUGUGAUGUCUUUUUCAGUUUGUGUGACGACGUGUGCUGGCCUGUGUUGAAUCUAUGCUCUUAAGGUGUGCUCUCCCCAGAGAGAAAGAGAGAGAGAGAGAGAGAGAGAGAGAGAUGGAGACAGAGUACACGUCGCCACACAAAAAGACAUCAUGUCUGCUCUCAGGGGAAGCGGCACAGGACUGACACAGACUGUUCAGGCUACCCAUCAGCGUUGUGUGUCUGAACGAGAUGACUUGGCCUGCCAGGCUGGUUCUGAGUCAUCCCAGCCUGGUUCUGAGUCAUCACAGCUGCCAGUUUAAGGGGAGGCCCAGUGAAUUAUGCAGCCAGCCCAUCCCCAACGGGAGCAGCUAGAUCAUACUUUUGUUCCUUCCAUCCCUCGUUCCAUCCCUCUUCCACCACCAUGCCGGCCAUAGUGAACCUGCUCUUCAAUACGGUGUCUACCAACACCACCAUCUCCUUCUCCCUGGUGCUGCCUCUGGUCAGCGUCCUCUCCCUCUUGGUGGGGGUCGGAGGUCACCUACUCAUGUGGCUGGUGCUGAUGCGUAACCCUCGGCGACGCUCCAAACCUAGCUCCGUGCUGCUCCUCAACUUGAGCCUGGCUGACAUGGGAGCCCUGCUCACCCUGCCCUGCGUCCUACUCAGCGCCAGCUCCCAGGACUGGCAGCUAGGGGGCGGUAUCUGUGUGCUGCUGGGCUUCAUGACCUCCCUGACGGCUGGAGUGGAUAUAUUUAGUCUGGCCGCCUUGUCGGUGCUCAGGUACCGCAUAGUGGCCCCACCUGCUAGACCGCCCCCCAGUCCCACACAAGUAGCCGGCAUCGUAGCAGUGAUCUGGUUAGUCUCUGUCACCAUGGCCCUUCCCAAGGUCACAUACAUCCAGUUUGACAGUGGCUGUACAUGGUCUGUGGGGCGUGGCCAGUGGCUGGGCUUCCUGGUGCCAGCCUUCCUGGUCUACUACGUGGCUCCGCUCGUCUGCAUUGCCCUCAACUGUGGCCUCAUCAUCACCCAUCUCCACCGCUGCCGGGGUACGCUGGCCGCAGACCGCCGCAACAAGAAGGCUACGGCGCUCCUGAUUGGCUCCACACUGGUCUUCGCCAUCAGCUGGCUGCCCUACUACGCCCUGGAGUUUGUCAAUGUCAUGUCCCCCUAUGUCAGCUUCGUUGCCUCGCCUAUCAGUCAACAACCCUCCUCCUCCCUCAACUCGUCCGCGUCCCUGUCCCCACCCACGGAGGGGGACACGGAGGUGUCUCUCCUCUGGGAGGUGGCGUCCCUGUCGGCCAUAUUGUUGGUGUGUUUGGCGCCCUGCUGGAACCCGCCCCUCUACUUCCUGUUGUCUCGCCCGGCGGUGCGUCAGCUCCGUGCCCUCCUGCCGUCGCUGAGGAAAUGCUUGGGAAGCCUGCGACCACCUAUCACCCCCGCGCCACCCCCACGUUUUCCUCACCUCCGGCCUCUUCCUACUUUGAAAUGGCUUCCUGAAAUCCCUCAAGCAGCUGAUUGGUCGACUCCAGGGCUAAUUGGAGAGCUGACCCCGCCCCCUCGUCAAGACAGUUGUCUCCAAUUACCCAUUCAAUCUGAAGCUAUAUAAAAGCCAGUGUUCUGUUCAGGAGAGAGAUUUUGCUGGAGGUAGAUUUGCUAGGGAGUUUUUCUGGGAGGUCAUUGCAGAGGUUUUGCUAGAGAUUUUGCUGGGAGUUCAUUGCUGAGAGUUCAUUGCUGAGAGUUGGUAUGUUCUGUGAGUUUGUUGCUCAGAUAGAGCUUAUUUGAUGUCCUUUGUUUCUUAGUUUGUUUGUGAAAUUGUUUAAUAUUCUGUUUCAUUUGUCCCCAGGGGGAGAAGGGGAAGGCACCUAGGGAGUGCUUAGGCAAGAGGCCUGCGGGCAUACAUAUACCCGUAGCAUAUUCGCUGUCUAGGCACACUAGGUAAGACCUGGGCGGACCACCCCCUGUAUUUUGGUUAGGUCACCAGGUGGUGCUAAAUUAGGUAAGUAGUGGGUAGGCAGGUAGGAGAGGGGGGCUUUGAGAUUUACUUUCUUUGCUUUGGUUCCGUCUAGACCCUUUUCCCCAUAUUACUGUGUAAAGGAAUAAAGUCCUUGUAAACGGUACCACA